AUGGCCUCCGCCGCGAAGUUCCUCCUGGGGCUCGUCCUCGUCCUCGCGCUGGUGCUCGCCGCUGUGCCGGUCAUAUCCGGCUACGGUUGCCUCGAUGACUGCGUCGAGCGCUGCUCCAACGGCAAGAACCUCGAGUCCUGCGCCAAGAUGUGCGCCGAGGCUUGCCUCUCCGCCGCCGUCAACCGCUGA